AUGCAUGCUUAUUAUCAUGAUGACAAUGAUGAUUCAGACCCAAAAAAACCUCAUGAAAAAAAUCCACUUACCAUUGUUACCCCUGAAGAACUUGCACAUCUUGGUAUUUCACACUCACAUAUAGAAGAAGAGGAUUUUCUUAAUAAAAUUAAAAAAAUAUCUGAGGAAAGACGUUAUAAAAAAGCAAUGGGUGAUUUGUAUGAUAGUAAAAUGAAAAUUUUUUAUGAAGAACAUUUUCAUGAAGAUGAAGAAAUUCGUUAUAUUCUUGAUGGUUCUGGAUAUAUUGAUGUUCGAGAUUUGCAAGAUAAAUGGAUUCGUAUUGCACUCACUAAAGGAGAUUUGAUUCCUCCAGGAAUUUAUCAUCGUUUCACGCCUGACACCAAUAAUUACAUGAAGGCUAUGCGUUUAUUUAAAGAGGAACCAAUACGGGUAGCAAUUAAUCGUCCGGCUGAUGAUAAUAGUUUUCAUAAAAAUUAUUUAAAAUCACUUCAAGGCGUUGGAUUUGUUUAUGUGAAUGUGUGUGAUUUUAUCAUCUAA